AUGGUGUCAGCUUUUACUUCAGCCAAAGCUCUUCCAGUGCUAGCCGCUGGUGCUUUUGCUGCUGCUAGCUACCCGCCUAUCCCUGCUGAUUUAACAACUCCCGUUCAGCAACGCAUUGCAGUCAACGGACCCAACAGUGUAUCAAUUGGGUGGAACACGUAUCAGCAACUCAGCCAGCCAUGUGUUUCUUAUGGAGUUUCUGCUACCUCUCUUACACAACAAGCAUGUUCUCAAAAUUCCGUUACAUACCCGACCUCACGUACGUGGUCAAAUUCAGUGACUCUCAAUAAUCUGUCCCCGGCCACUACCUAUUACUACAAAAUUGUCUCUACCAACUCAAGCAUGGACCAUUUUCUGAGCCCCCGCAUUGCUGGAGAUAAAACCCCAUUCUCCAUCAAUGCCAUCAUCGAUUUAGGAGUGGUAGGCCCUGACGGCUAUACCAUUCAAAACGACCAGACCAAGCGUGACACAAUUCCGACCAUUGACCCGUCGUUGAACCAUACAACUAUCCAGCGUCUCGCUAAUACUGUUAACGAUUAUGAAUUUGUUAUACAUCCGGGAGACUUGGCAUAUGCUGACGACUGGAUUGAGACGCCAAAGAACAUUUUUGACGGGACAAAUGCAUAUCAAGCUAUCCUGGAACAAUUUUAUGACCAACUGGCUCCCAUCGCUGGCCGCAAGCCUUAUAUGGCCAGUCCAGGCAAUCACGAAGCGGCCUGUCAGGAGAUCCCCCACACAACGGGACUAUGCCCCGCUGGACAGAAGAACUUCACUGACUUUAUAAAUCGAUUUGGUAAGACCAUGCCAACGGCGUUUACUUCUACUUCAGCAAAUAGUAGUGCGAAAAUCAACGCAAAUAAGGCUCAUGAACUCGCCAAUCCUCCCUUCUGGUUCUCUUUUGAAUAUGGAAUGGCCCAUAUUGUCAUGAUUGACACUGAGACUGAUUUUGCUAAUGCUCCUGAUGGACCCGAUGGCUCUGCUGGCCUCAAUGGCGGACCUUUUGGAGCUCUUAACCAGCAGCUCGAUUUCCUUGAAGCGGACCUAUCAUCUGUUGACCGUUCGGUCACGCCUUGGCUAAUCGUUGGAGGACACCGGCCCUGGUACUCGACGGGAGGUUCGGGCUGUGCACCAUGCCAGGUCGCUUUUGAAGGUCUCUUCUACAAGUACGGUGUCGAUUUAGGAGUCUUUGGACAUGUCCACAAUUCUCAAAGAUUCUUACCGGUCUUCAACGGAACCGCCGACCCAGCAGGUAUGACUGACCCGAAAGCGCCAAUGUAUAUUGUCGCUGGUGGAGCAGGCAACAUUGAGGGCCUCAGCAGCGUUGGAUCAGAGCCGUCUUAUACGGCAUUUGCUUAUGCAGACGAUUUUAGCUAUGCGACUAUCCGAUUUCUGGAUGAACAGAAUUUGCAGGUUGACUUCUACCAAUCGUCAACUGGAACUCUUUUGGAUAGCUCGAAGCUUUUCAAGUCCCACAAUCAGCAAUUUGUUGUGCAAUGA